CAACAAUAACUUUCCUUGCUCCCGUCGCGACUUGGUAUCAGAUGCAAAUCUCCACGCAUCACUGCCAAAGUACUCUCGUUCAACGUCACGUCCUUUGACGAUUUAGCACCCAAAAAGUCUGUCCAAUUCUUUGCGACCACCCACCCAACCUCGCCUUUUCCAGGCUCUUCGAAAGAGGCGAUUUGUUUUUCUUCUUUCAGUUUUUUUUCUUUCUUUUUUUGCGUCAAGCCAUUGAGCAAACCUCGACCACUAGGCGUCGCGUGCUCGUUCGCUGGCGAUCAGACUUUUUGUGUCAAUAAAAAAAUAAAUACCAGCAUUUGCUCGCCCGCGCACCCUUAAUUUCGCAUCGCGAGCUUCUCCGCCCAACCAUUUACAUCUUGUCGAAGGCUUCGUCCCGACACCCUGUUUUCGUCGAAAUUCUCCCACAGCGCACGUGAAACCAUGCCCGUCGAAAUAGCACUCAACACGCCGCUGGCGGAUGCCCUGACAAGCGCAAUCCAGCCCAAGCUUGUUGAGGUCGGCUGGGGAACGGGUGGCGCCGAUGAUUCCGCGCUCGCAGAGUACAUUAUUUUGAUGUUGGUCAACGGCAAGACUCAAGAGGAAAUUGCAGCAGAGCUGGCGGGCGAUCUACUAAGCUUGGGCCCCGACGACCCCAACGCGCUCGAUUUUGCGAAAUGGCUGUUUGAACAGAUUGCUAUCCUCAAUGGGCAGGGCGCACAAAGCGGCGAUGCCGACGCGAUGUCAUCAACAUCACCAGGAGAUGAUCAAGAUAUGGACAUGGCCAUGGCCUCGGAAGGGGCCGCUCAAGUCUCUGCUCCUACUGGUCCCAAGGCGAUGCGAAAUGGCAACAUGAACAUUCGGGGAAACGCCAAUCGAGACAGGAGGAUGAUGGGCCAGAUAAACCGCGCCAUGGACAGGACACCAGAAAACGUGCUCCACCGCACACGCGGCAAUGACAGGAUCAACAGCCAUGCUCGCGGGCCACCCAGCGGGCCGCGCGGUACCAUGGCCGGCGGUAUGCGACAACAGCGCGGUGGAAUGAACCCCAGGGCGGCGAGCAUUGCGCACGGAAUGGCUACAGCAAUGGGUGGAGGCAUGCCCCAAGGGGGACCUGGUAUGAACGGUGGCAUGGCAGGCAUGAACAAUGGAUGGAUGCCCCCGCAAGGCCAAGAUCUCCAGAUGGGUCUUUUCCAGAUGCUGGAGCAGCAAAAUCAGAUGAUGGCUCACUUGCAACAACAACUGAACCAGCAAAACAUGAUGCAGUCACGUGGAGGCUACAACCAGCGCGGUGGGCGUGGCGGCAAGCCUCUGUCGGAGCGGGUCCAACAUCAAAACAGGCAGAACAACAACAACAAUUUCCGCCAAGGCCAAACGGACCAGAACGGCGGCGAGCAAAAAGCCUCGGAAAAUUCGCAAAAUGGCAGCGUCGGAGGCGAAGAUACCGAGAUGGGCCAGGCCAAGCGGGACCCCAAGGAGACGGUGUGCAAGUUCAACCGCAACUGCUCUAACAAGGAUUGCAAGUUCGCACACCAGUCACCAGCGGCACCGCCAGGGAUUACAGUCGAUGUGACGGACGUGUGCACGUACGGAGCGGCCUGCAAAAACCACAAGUGUGUCGGCUCACACCCGUCGCCCGCUACCAGGACGGCGCACAACCAACAGCAGGACUGCAAGUUCUACCCCAACUGCACAAACCCGCACUGCACCUUUAGGCAUCCCAACAUGCCACCCUGUCGAAACGGUGGCGACUGCUCAGUCGAGGGUUGCAAGUUUACACACGUAAAGACUAUGUGUAAGUUCCGCCCAUGCACGAACCGGUAUUGCGCCUUCAAGCACGAGGAGGGCCAGCGCGGCACGUUCCAGGACAAGGUCUGGGUCGCUGGCGGAGAACACGUCAGCGAGAGAAAGUUUGUGGACGAGUCGGGUCCGGUGGAAGAUAUACUCCAGGGCUCCGGUGGUGACUCGGAGAUGGGGGCUACAGAGGCCGAGGCUGUUGCUAGCUAAAGUUUGAUGAUGAAAAGGGAAAUGAUAUAGACCAUGAUGGGAGGGGCUUUAGUCGGAAUGGGCGGCUCUUUUAUGCUUAUUUUUCAUGUCUCUCUCUCUGUCUUGCUCGGUUGUUGUUUCUUUGCAGCUGGGGGCAAGGUCAGUGUUUUGAGUCGGUCUUCAUGUAUUAUCUAAAAGAAUGGCAUAUGGUUCCAUCACCGAGUUGUUUUCGGUGGAAGGAAGGAGUGGCGUUUGUUCAGUAUUUUUGUCUUGGGGUUACGAACAUAUACAACGUGAAUCUCCGAUUUGGAGAGAACUAUCGGCAUUACAAUCUCGGGGUUUUGAAUCUGUGGAAAUGUCCUGAUUACAUUUGUGAAUAUAACAGUGGUGCAAGUUCAGUGCGAAG